AUGGCGAAAAGAGUAGCUGUAGGCCAACUAACCAGCGAUAACGUACUUGAUGAGGAUACAGAAGAAAUAACCCAUACUCCAAGUAUCGCUUCAUUUUCCGUAAUGAGCGGGAGAAAAAUAGCUAUGCCUAAGAGGAAAAUGAUGUCCUUUACUACUCCAAAAGGUGACUCCAUAGCUGCAAAUGCCUUCAGUAGCUUCAAGAACAAACAAACUCUAUCAAGUACGACGAAUGAAAACGCCAAAUUUAAGGCUUUAAAUUUACAAUUCAAAGAUAAGAUUGUUCAAUGUGUUGCCAAUGAUCCAAUUGCAGAUUUAUCACCAAUCUUUGUUAAAUAUGAAACGUUCAGAAAAUCAAUUAAAGGAACUCCUACGGAUGUUUCACCAGCAGUUCAAACUUCAACUAUUAGUCCACCAAAACGAACUGUAGCCACCAAUUCGUCAGAGGCUAUAGAUGAAGACUCUUCUUCGUCAGAAGAAGAAGAAAAGGAAAUAAAAGUGGAAGGGCCAUCAUUUACCAUUGCAUCAAAACCCAUAACAGGUGAUUCAGUGUUUUCGUUUGGUCCAAAGAAACAAGAGCCAAAAAAUGAUAGUGAUAGUGAAAGUGAGGUUGAAAUUAAAGGUCCACAAUUUACGUUUACUGGGGAGGUUAAGAGUAAUGUCUUUAAGUUACCAGAAACAUCUAAAUUGACAGAUAAAACUGUUAAUAAUCAAACUGAAAAGAAGACAUCACCUUUCACGUUCUCCACAACUGGCCCAAGUAGUACGGUAGCUACUACUGAAUCAACUCCAAACCCUGACUUAGCAGAUACCAAAGAAGCGGGGUUUUCCCUUGACAGCAAAGUCGAGGCUCCAAGCGGUGGUUCUAUUGAAAGUAAACCAUUCACAUUUGGAGCAUCUAUUGCUGCAUCUGCAGAAUCUAAACCCAAUCUUUUUGCAUCCAAUGGACCUAUUAUAGAUUUUAAGAAGGAAGAAAGCAAGCUAAAUCCGUUUUCUUUAGGCAAUUCUACCUCAGCGAUUGAUACCUCAACUUCGAAAUCUGCUUUCUCCUUUGAUUCUACAACUAAGAACGUAAAUGAAGACGUAACUACUGAAAAUAAGACACCGUCCUUUAGCUUUAGCAAGAAUAUGAACAAAUCCGAUAAGGCUUCUCCAGAAGACGUGAAAACUCCAUCCUUUACAUUUGGUAAAGCGCCUACCAGCUCCACAGAGAAGAUCAUUCCUUCGUUUUCUUUUGGUAAAACAGAACUCCCCUCUACUGAUAAUAAAGUAGAAGUUAAGAAACCAUCAUUUACAUUUGGAAAGACUGAGAAACCAACGGAUUCAGAGUCACCUGAAGUUAAGGAUGAGAAAGAUACAACUUCUAAACCAUCAUUUACUUUUGGAACUUCAACUUCGUCAGACUCCCGCCCCGCAUUCUCCUUCGGAUCUAAUCAACAAACAAAUGCCCAAGCACCAUCUUUUAGUUUUGGAAAGACUACCGAUACUCCAAAGGAAGAAAGUAAAGAUGAAACAGGUAGCAAAUCGUUGUUUACUUUUGGAAAGACUACUGAUAUUCCAAAGGAAGAAAACAAGGACGAAACAACCACGAAACCGUCGUUCACCUUUGGCACAGCUUCUACUACCGCACCUUCAUUUACUUUUGGAAACCCAAAGACGGAAACGAGUAUAAUGGAAGAAACAAAACCAGUUCCUUCCGCCGGAUUCAAGUUCUCCCUGCCUUAUGAACAAAAGACAUCAGACGAUGCAACACAAGAUAAAGCUGAACCAACCACCGACGUUGCUGAUGAAAAUGCCACAGUAGAGGAAGCUUCGAAACCUUUGGAUUUACAAAAUGGAGAAGAAGACGAAACCGCAUUAUUCACACAAAGAUCCAAGCUAAUGAUCUUCAAUCCAGAAACAAAGCAGUAUGAUUCCCGUGGUGUUGGUGAAAUGAAAGUACUACAAAGGAAAGAUGAUAAAUCAAAGAUCAGAUUACUUUGUAGGUCAGAUGGAAUGGGGCAUAUAUUACUGAACACAACUGUUGUUAAAUCAUUCAGUUACGCACCUUUAGCAGAAGAUAACGACAAUUUAGUCAAAACUCCAACUGUUGAUUCUGAGGGUAAAUUGACUACAUACAUUGUUAAGUUCAAAUUGAAAUCAGAUGGCCGUUCAUUCAUUAAAUCGAUUGAAGAUGCAAAGAAAGACAUGUGA